AUGAGACAGGCAACGCGGUGGGCGUACAGUGAGAAGCCUUUGCAACUUCACGUCGACAAUCGGGACAUGCCAAAUCUAGGAUUAGUCGACGAGACCACUCGAGCAAGAUUUGGGGUCCUAGCAAUGGAGAAGUACCACUCCGUUCAUGAGGAAGACAUCUCUAGCUUCGAUCUCCCUUCCACACGCAUUGCAGAUCGAUUACCUACAGUGUCCGCCGCUGACGCACUGGAAGAACUAGACGGUGGUUUCGCCAGACACAUUUCUACCGGCAUUGGACGACUAGAUGAGGCUCUGACAUCGUCUUCGUUCCUUCGGGAACCGACGCCGACACGUGGGGGAGGUCUCCAGAGAGGACAGGUCACGGAGAUAUGGGGACCACCAGGCUCAGGCAAGACAGCUGUAGGUAUUCAGCUGGUCGCCAAUGCGCUAUGCGAGGGGCAUGGUGCUGUCUGGACGACAAUGAGACUAACGCUAAGCUUCAAAGAUUGCGCGUAUUCAGUUUGCGGCCAUCGGCUAAACGCAGUGGUCGAGGCAGUAGAAGCAACUCAGCCAUCUAAGGACUACAAAGAGGCAACAUCGGCCACGGAUCACUUUGCACAUUAUGGCUGCCCCAGCCUACCGCAUCUGAUAGCACUCCUAUGCCGUCCCACGGCGGCAACAGUGCCAGCAAACUCGGCUGUGGUUGUGAUAGACUCCUUAUCAGCUUUGGUAAACCAUGCCUUCCCCAAAGCCCCCGACGGUAGAAAAGAUCCGCCGCGCGGCAAAGGUCCAGGUCUAUCUCUAUCAGCAAAGCGGCUGCAGGCUUUACAGUACAUCACCAGUGCCCUGCAGAAACUAGCAGCAACACGCGACUGCGCAGUGGUGGUCCUGUCGCAAUGUGCAACCAAGAUGCAGUUGGAGCGGAGCGCGACAUUGAUCCCAUCCAUUAAUGCUGGGGUAUGGGAACAGGGCAUGUCGACGCGGAUCGUGCUGUUCAGAGACUGGGUAUGGAAGGAAGAGCAACCAUGGUCUGUAUGCUUCGCCGGCGUGCAGAAGCUGGACGGCAAGGCUGGGCCGAACAUGAUGCAGAGCGCAGCGGCGUUUAGAGUUGAGGCGACGGGCGUGGUUGGUGUGCAGUACGACACUAGCCAACCAUCUAUGUUCCUACCAACGGCUCCACGAGCGAAACGCAAGUUGGCAGAAGCUGGCCUCGAGGUGCCCGAUAGCGAGGAAGAUGACGAGGAGUACGGAUGGGCACGAGAAGACGAAUCGGCGCUUCCCGGCCCGCCGCCGCAGUGGCAAGGCAGCGAAGACAUUCUGCUGGGGACCCAGGCGGCCGAGAGCGAGGAUGACGGCAGUAGCGACGGAGACGGGCACGGCGAUGGCGGCGACGGUGAUGACGAGGACGACAAGGCAGAAGGUGUGGAUGAGGCAGCGACUAGCGGCCGAGAUAACCAGGAUUUGGCCGAGUAG